AUGCCAUCUCCUUCACAGAAGCUCACAGUUGACACAACACCGAGGUUGUACCCAGGCGGCACAUUCGGGCAGCGGGCUCGCACGGUAGCAGCGGCGUCUCCGGGUAAGCCAGUCGUCAAGACAGAGAUCGCCUCUGACGGCUUCAGCAUGCUAACUCCGGACUCGAUGUAUCGCAGCGACGAGUUCCACCCAGGCCGGAGAGAGCCUCGGUUCACGGGCCUCCACAACCUGGCAGACGCCGUCAUCGAGCGCACGCUCAACCCGCCCCGCCCGAGCGGCCGCGACGCCAUCCGCCGGGCGGUGCUCUGGGACCACGUCGCGAGGUCCUUCCGCAAGGCGAUCGCCGGCAUCCCGUCGGGCUCCUACGUGGCCGUCUGCUCGAACAGCGGGCCCUACGACGCGGAGCUCGAGGACAAGCACCCCGCCGACUUCGUCCCCGGGGCCAGCUGUGGGAUCCUGUUCGUAUCGAUGUUCCGAGCCGAUGAGACCAACAUCAGCGGGGGCUGGAUCCAGGUUGGGGUCCCGUGUAGCCCUGACGAAGGCAGGUUGUUCGCGAGUCUCAGGCUGCUGUGCUGCGUUGCGGGACGGCCGGACCUCGAGUUCAUGAUCACUGAUCUCAGUGCCUGUCGCAGCAUCCGACCUGGGUUGAUCAACCUUCCCAGGAAGCAUCGCCUGCCGUAUGGUUCGGUAACUGACAUCUGGCAACCGACGAAUCUGGCAUACCAUUACUUUUCUAUGGGAGGCUUCUUCGAAACGGAGUACCAGACUAUUCGGAACUCUUUUGCGGCCGAUGGUGAUUUGUAUGGUCACGAUGCAGCUAUCCUAUACACCCGCUCACCCAUCAUUAUCAUCAUUGGCCAGAGACAAAGUGACCGCUUCAUGUGUUUUCAACCGGACACCGUCAUCCGUGAUACUACCUGGCUCAAAGUCAAGGGUUCGGUCCUUCAAGGCAGUUACAUACCCGAAAUGCGAAGGGAGGACGCAAUCCGAUUUGACAAGGACGAUUUCCCGGUUGAACUGGUCCAUAAGGUGGGCAAUGAAUCCUAG